AUGGCCCGAGUUGCAACAAGAACGUUGCGAAUCGUUGGAGCUGGCGUCAUCGUCACUACUUGCUGUUUGGGUUUCGUGCCGCCCAGCACAAAACCAGCUCAGGCCGUGCCGCGGGCAAAGUUCCAAGCCAAGUGGCAGAAUGACGUUGGUGGUGGACAUUCGGAACCGGAGCCAAUCAGCAAUGCGGCGUCCAGCUGGACCACAUUUCUCAAGAUGUCGGCGGCCGCUUGCCUUGCUCUUGUGAUAACGCUCCUACCAUUGGACAGUGCAGAGGCUGCAAGAGCUGGUGGGCGCAUGGGCGGCAGGAUGUCAGGAAUGCGGUCGGCACCAAGGAUGUCGGCGCCCCGCAGUAGGCCGAGCAGCCGCCCACCACCAACUACACGCCAAAACAGCGGCAGUGCCCGGUUGAGGAGUGGACCGAACGUUUCCAUCGGCAUCGGCAGCCCUGUGAUCUCGCCCUUUGGCUUCGGCGGCUUUGGCUACAGUCCAUUUGGCUUUGGCUUCGGUGGAGGACUCCCAGUGCCGGUGCCAAGUGGACCAUCCAACACCGACCAGAUGCUUCAGAACCAGCAGGUUCAGGAUGAGCGCAAGAUCGACGAACAGAAUCGGGAGAUCGCAGAGCUGAAGAGGCAGAUCACCGAGUUGAAAGGGCAGCAGCCAGCUCAGAACCAGCAGGUGCAGGAUGCACGGACGCUGAACGAGCAGAAGGACCAGAUUGCCGACCUAAAGAAGCAAAUCAUGGCUCUCAUGGGCCAAAAAUCCUAG